CAACACCUGAUUUGGUUCAAUUUUCCACCAUGGGGCGCCUUUUGCAGUGCUGCGCUGCAUGUGGCAGCAGGGAAGAUGCAGAUUUAACCUGCAGCAACUGCAGAUCCGUGGUUUACUGCAGCCGCAGCUGCCAGCGUGCCCACUGGAAGAACCACAAGAAGGACUGCGAGGCCUUAGCUUUGAAAGUGGUUUCCGAAGUGACGGUCACCAUGGAGUGUCCGCAGUUUCUUGGUUGGUUGGACUCUUGUCUUCGAAUUCACCGGGUUCCUGCGCUGCUUGGAGGUCCUCCGACAGGCCCCUUAGUGCUCCGGUCCCCGGCACCCUGCCGCCGUCGGGCGGUGGAGACGGCAGGGCGUGCAUUUCUGGAGGGCUACGAGCGCUCGAUGCCUAGCUUUCAGCCGGCCAAGGCCCCUGCGCAGGAGGAGGCUCCUCCGAAGCGGCGUCCGCUCAGCAACCGCUCGGGCCGCACCAAGCCAUACUUGUUGCGCUGUCAAGAGCGGGCUGAACGACGUUCCAAGUUGCGGCCUGGUAAAGGGUUGAGCCGACGCUUGCAAGGUGUCGAGCUCUAUACGCUGUUGGAGAUACAAGGAGUGACCGACGAGGGCUUUCCCAGCAUGGAAGAGGUGAAAGAGGCCUACAAAAGGCUGGUACUGAUUCACCAUCCUGACAAGAAGGCCAGCAAAAGUCUCGCUUUUCAGCUCAUCCAGGAGGCUUAUGAAUACCUCUCUGAUCCGGAGAACAAGCAGAUGUACGAUAGCACACUGCCGUUUGAUGAUUCCAUCCCUACGAGGGCAGAGCUUUGCUCCAGAGGAUUUUUCAAGAGCUUGGAGGACGUCUUCCGGCGGAACGCACGGUUCUCCGAGGUGUCCGAGGUCCCUCUGUUAGGCACGGUGGAUGAGGACGUGGAUCGGGUCCAUGAUUUCUACGAGUGGUGGUACCACUUCGAAAGCUGGCGCGAUGUGAGCCCAGCCUAUUUGGAGAAGCAUGGCUUGGAGCUGGAAGAUAUUCAGGACUGUCCCCGGCACCAGCGUCGGGGUCGGCAGAAGCGCAACGAGCAGAUCCGCAAGCAGUUUGAUGCACAGGAACGGCUCCGGCUGAUGCGCUUGGUCGACCUGGCCUGGCAGAAUGACCCCCGUCUCCACUGGGUCUCCUUGGAUGCCAAGUCUGCCGUCCCGGCAAAGACUUCAACGACUCAGCCCCGGUUUAAACCGCGGGCGGACACGUUGAACGCAGUGCCAAAGGUCACAGAGGAGGAGAAGCGGAAGCAGGAGGAGGCGAAGAGGAUUGCCAAAGGCCGGCGGCAGCAGCUGCGAAAGCUAGUUGAAAGCCUGGGGCUGCUUGUGAGCGGCGUCGAGCUGGAAAGGUACUGUUUGAAAGUCCCUGGAGAUGCUGAGGAGUUGGAAGACUUGGCCGACGAGGUGCAACGCUUGGCGGAGCUGCCGGCCGAGGAGGUCACAGAGGAGCUAACGGAGACAGAUGAGGAGCUCAAUAACAAAAAGAAAACGGAAGAGGCAGAAGUCCCCAGCUGCACUUUUUGUAAUGGCACUGGGCUGAACUGCGUGAGCAAGUGCACCUGCAUGUUCUGUGAUGGCAGCGGUAAGCAGAAGGUGGAGGAAAAGGUGGAGGCUGUCGAAGACACCCCGCAGAAGGAGAAACGCUACCGGCGCAAGACCCCGAAGCAGUUGGCACAGGAGGCAAUUUUCGAAGCCAUGUGGGCUUCAGGCAUGCGGCCCACUGAGACCCGGCAUUCCCCCGAGCUCCGACAAGAACGCCGCGAGCGGCAGGAGCGUGAGAGGGAGGAGCGUCGACUCCGCAGGGAGCAACGGCAGAAGGAAGAGAAAGAGAAUGAAGCAAAAUGGAAGGAAGCGCUACCAAAGGCAGAGGAGCCACGUUCGCCCAAGAAGCGAGCCAAGUUCGCUGUCCCAGAGGCAGUGGAGAUUCAGCCCAAGAUCGUCCAGGAGGAGGACCUGAGGAUGGAAGAGGCCGAGGCGGUGCUUGGAAGUCUCGAGCACGACACCAACCCGGAAACGGUGGACAAGAUCGCCAAGCUCACGGAGUUUGCGCGGGUGGGCAUCGAAGGGUCCACCCAGGUGAUUUUGGCCUCGUUGAUUGCCUCCAAUGAGCUUCGCAUGCUUCUGGCGGAGCUCGAGGACCGACGAGUGCAAGAGCCCGACCACUACGCCGAUGAGGCUUUGCUCCUCCUCUCCGAAUGCGUCGCGCCCUUCUUCGCCCUGGGCUUACGCCCCGGGACCGGCGCCGCGAAGUUGCCAGCGCUUCUGCGGAACCGCGUAAAGCGGGUCCGCCAAGCACUGCGUGACCUGGUGGUGGGCUGCGACUUCCUGGCCAUUUUGCACGGUGAAAAGCAAUUAGCAAUUUAAGCAUAGACUUCGGCACAGCUGCCGCGCAGCGCGUGCCAUCGCGUGCCCGUGUGGCGCUUCUGCCGAAUAAAAAAUAAACAUGACAUGCCUGUUUGCGGGAGAGCAGCGCUUUCUGGCAGAUGGGCGGAAGGAUGAGAACGACUCUUGGGACGGGGGUCAGACAGUGGCAAUGCCAUGGACCUGCACUGGGCCGAUGUGCCAAUGUUUGAUCCCCCACAACCCAUCAAACCUGGAAGAACAGAUGCUGGAAGUACCGGCCGAUGGCCGUAAGAGUGACAAACUCUGGUGCUUUGAAGCAGGUACAUUGCCCUCAGCAAUUUCAUUCGAGGGAGAGGGCGCUCUUCAUUUUCAACUGCAGUUUGUUCAUGUUCGUUUUUUCGUGCUUCGUGCUACAGCUCUCAGAUGCACUUCCAGAAAGUUUAACACUUAGAUUUGCAAGGGGUCAUCAUGAUCAUGACGACCAACUCAAGGCGCCUUUUGAUUUGAUCCGGGCAGAGCAGCUGGGACAUGGCCAAUAGUUCCGCCAGACAGCCGGGCGCAUGUAUAAAGCAAGGGUGUUGAAGACCGGUGUGCUCGCAAAGCUGAAGAAAUUAUGUUUCCUCA